UUCAUCCACAAUCGUCUCUCUCUCUCUCUCUCUCUCAUCAUUUUAAUAUUCUCUGUAAAUUACUCGAAAUCAAAGAACUCAGAAACUGGGCUUCCGAUCAAUUUUGACUCUUUCUCAAUCAAAUUCGAUCUCAGUCUCUCCGUUCAAAUUCAAAAUUGGAGGGAGAAAGCCCUAAAAGCGAGAGAGACCCUGCGUGUUCCCAAUGCCAAGCGUAGCUGUGAAACUCUACAGCGUCUUCUUCAAGCUACUCCUCAAACACCGUCUCCAGAACCUCAUCUCGAUCUCACCUCACCAUGUGCCAUCCGAUUCAUUCGGAGUCUCCACCCGAUCCGACGAAUCCGUCUCCGCCGCGAACCCUUCCUUCUCCGACGGCGUCGCGACCAAAGACAUCCACAUCGAUCCGAUGACCUCUCUCUCCGUACGCAUCUUCCUCCCCGAAUCCGCCCUCUCCUCCCCAACCGAGCCCAGAUCCGCCGAUCGGAGACACAGCCACAACAACGUCCCUCCUCCUCUCGAUCACUCCUCCUCUCCGCCGGAGUCUCGGAGGAACAGCUACGGAGGCGAGAACCUAGAGCCUUACGGAGGGUACGCGCCGUCUCCGAAGAGGAGCUCGCGGAAACUGCCGGUGAUGCUGCAGUUUCACGGCGGGGGUUGGGUGAGCGGGAGCUCGGACUCGGCGGCGAACGACUUCUUUUGCCGGAGGAUCGCGAAAGUGUGCGAUGUGAUCGUGCUGGCCGUGGGGUAUAGGUUGGCCCCGGAGAAUCGGUACCCCGCGGCGUUUGAGGAUGGUGUCAAGGUGCUGCAUUGGCUUGGGAAGCAGGCUAACUUGGCUGAUUGUUGUAAGUCUUUGGGUGGUGGUAAUAAUAAUAACAAUCGGCGUGUUAGUAAUGGCGUUGAGUUGAAGAAGAUGAAUGGUCAGCAGGGACAUAUUGUUGAUGCGUUUGGUGCUUCUAUGGUUGAGCCUUGGCUCGCUGCUCAUGCUGAUCCUUCCAGAUGUGUUCUUCUGGGGGUGAGCUGUGGUGGGAACAUAGCAGACUACGUAGCUCGGAAAGCAGUGGAAGCUGGGAAACUUCUAGAGCCGGUUAAAGUCGUUGCACAGGUUCUAAUGUACCCAUUUUUCAUCGGAAACAACCCAACACAGUCCGAGAUAAAGCUGGCAAACUCCUACUUCUACGAUAAGCCCGUCUCUGUUCUCGCCUGGAAACUCUUCUUACCAGAGAAAGAGUUCGACUUUGACCACCCGGCAGCAAACCCACUAGCCCAUAACCGCAGCGGACCGCCUCUGAAGCUAAUGCCUCCAACUCUCACAGUAGUGGCAGAGCACGACUGGAUGAGAGAUCGAGCCAUUGCCUAUGCGGAGGAGCUUAGAAAGGUAAACGUAGAUUCUCCGGUUUUAGAAUACAAAGACGCGGUUCAUGAGUUUGCAACGCUUGAUAUGCUUCUCAAGACCCCUCAGGCACAGGCCUGCGCCGAAGAUAUUGCUAUCUGGGUUAAGAAAUACAUUUCUCUACGUGGCCAUGAGUUCUCUUACUGAGAAUCUUAUCCUGUUAUUAUUAUUAUCAUUCAUUCUCUUCCUUUUUUUUGUAUGUAGCAGCAAGAUUUUGUGAAUAGGAUUAUAGACGACUUAAGAUUAUGAAUCUUCUCUUGCAAAAGUCAUCAAUUUUAUUCAUUUCUUGGGGUUGUUCUAUGAUGUAUAUGUACGAUUUUUGAAUAAACCAUUUUGGUUCGAU